AUGCCCCCGCGCGACGGCCACGGUUACCUCUGCCAAUGGUACUGGUCCAAGUUCACCAUCAACGACGAAACCUACGCAACCGCCGAGAUGUGGAUGAUGGUACACAAAGCGCGUUGUUUUGGCGAUGAAGAGAUUGCGAAACAGAUGUUGGAGACUACAAGCCCAAAAGAGCAUAAAGAUCUGGGACGAGAGGUCAAGGGGUUUGAUGAGAAGGUUUGGGAUGAGCGUAUGUACUCCACGUUCUUCGCGGUACUUCUAGAAGGGGAUGCUGACUGGGUGGCAGGAAAGAUGGAGAUUGUGAAGCUGGGCUCUUAUCACAAGUUUACGAUUAGCGAGGAUGCGGAGAAUUUAAGGAAGAUGCUUUUAGCUACUAGCGAUCGCGAGUUGGUCGAGGCUAGUCCACAUGAUAGGAUUUGGGGCGUGGGGUUUGCGGAGAAGGAUGCGGAGAAGAAUCGGUAUCGGUGGGGACAGAAUCUUCUGGGAAGGGCGUUGAUGGAUGUUAGGAAGAGGCUGAGGGAGGAGGAUUAG